UGGGAACAUAAAUGCCAAAUUUAAUUCCCUUUUUUAUUUUAAUCAAAACAUCUUUAAAGUUUCCCUAAAUAAUUCAAUCUCCUGACCCUCUCUCCUUCACAACACUCUGACUUCACCGUGUGUUUUUAGCGCCACCUCGUGGAGCGCUAAACACGCGUCAUCACCCCGCGCUGCUGUCGCGGUUCUCAGGCGCCUAGCAACCUCACACAUACACCUCACAACUUGUAUCCCCGCACUGACCAAUCAGAACUUGCAUUGCACACAGAGCGGACCAAUCAGCGUUGAGGAUUUCGGCACCGAUUUAAACUAAGAGCGAACGCUUCCUGUUUUGUUAACUGCAUCACACAAGCGUGAAUGACCGAGUAGAGAAGGCAAAAGGCAAUUUUUUGGACCUAAUUCUUUAUCGUUAUCGUCAGAAAAAAGGUAUCAUUAGUACGACAGUAAAGUCAGACUAUAAUUCUAAAGCGGCUAGUUUAGUUUUAUGUUCAAACUGCAGCCAAACGCUGAUGCUAACGUAAAGUUCGGUAACUUUUAACGUUAGCGUCCGUUGACUAAAACAAGAUGCCGUCCCGUGUUGAGGACUACGAAGUGUUGUACACUAUCGGCUCCGGCUCCUAUGGAAGAUGUCAGAAAAUAAGACGAAAAACUGACGGGAAAAUUCUAGUGUGGAAGGAGUUGGACUAUGGCACCAUGGCAGAGAGUGAGAAGCAGAUGCUGGUGUCAGAGGUGAACCUCCUGAGGGAGCUCAAGCACCCGAACAUAGUGAGGUACUACGACCGCAUCAUAGACCGGACCAACACUAUGCUCUAUAUUGUAAUGGAGUACUGCGAAGGCGGGGACCUGUCCAGUCUCAUCAGCCGCUGCAUCAAGGAAAGGCGUUAUCUGGAGGAGCAGUUCAUCCUACGAAUGAUGGCUCAGCUCACGUUGGCCCUCAAAGAGUGUCACAGACGGAGUGACGGCAGGGCCACGGUUCUUCACAGAGACCUGAAACCAGCCAACAUCUUCCUUGACAGCAAGCAGAACGUCAAACUCGGCGACUUCGGCCUCGCGAGGAUCCUCAACCACGACACCAGCUUUGCAAAGACGUUUGUCGGAACACCCUACUACAUGUCUCCGGAGCAAAUAAACAGGAUGUCGUACAACGAGAAGUCUGACAUUUGGUCACUGGGAUGUUUGCUGUAUGAACUUUGUGCAUUAUCACCUCCGUUUACUGCUUACAACCAGAGAGAGCUGGCUGAAAAGAUCAGGGAGGGGAAGUUCAGAAGAAUCCCCUUCCGCUACUCCGAGGAACUGAACACCCUACUCGGCAAAAUGCUCUACUUAAAGGACUAUCUGAGGCCUUCUGUGGAGUCUAUCCUCCAGAGCAGCCUGCUGAGCGACGCCGUCGCCGAGGAGCAGAGGAAGGCGCAGCUGCGACCCCGACAGAGAUCGGACGACCCCAACCGUCCCGUCCACAAACCGACUGAACCGGCGGCUGCCUCACCUGCAGAGCUCAGGCUGAGGGAACAGGCGCUGCGAGACAGAGAACAGGCUCUGAAGGAACGCGAGGAAAGGCUGGAGAAACGGGAGCAGGAGCUGUGUGUUCGUGAGCGACUGUCAAAUGAGAAGCUUUCACGAGCUGAGAGUUUACUGAAGCACUGCAGCCGCCUGCAGCAGCAGAGGGAACUGGCACUGUUCUAUGGCAAAGACAUAGAUGUGGACAGCCUGUCACCAGGCAAGAAGAAAGUCCACUUUGCCGGCGAAAGCAAAGAGAACCACCGGCCCGAUAGUUGCCAGAGCGUGACGUCCCAGGAGGUGAUGCUGAGGAGGCUGCAGGCGGCCAAUGUGCGAGCACAAACGCUGAACGAAGUGGAGAAGAUGUGUCAGUUCAAGAGCCGGCAGAUCCUGGGCAUUCGCUGAUCAAACUCACAUGACUGAAUGUCAAACUUCUGCUAGCUCAGAGUGGUAACAGCUGGAUGUAGCUUAGAAUUUAUUUAUGAUAGUUGAGCAGCUCUGAAGCCAAAUAACUCAACCCUAUGCAUCGUUACAUGUUAUAACGAGCUUUUAAGUGUAUUUUUAGAUUGAUGGUUUGAUGAGCGUGUGUGUAGAUAUUACAGGCAGCUAUUGUGAUUGUCACUGUACGUUAUUGCUGUAUUGUUUUGUUUCUUUCUCUAUUUUUACAGCGGUAGACAUAAAAGAGAAGAUUCUUGGAUUUAUUUGUAUAUGAAGAGAGAGCAGUUUAUAUGGAAUAACUCAUGUACCAGGGAUGACAGUUAACAUGUUACUAUCUAGAAGGAAAUUUCAAUUUGUAAUAAAUGUAUGAAAGUACAA